UCCUUCCUUCUAUCCAUCCCUCCCUCCUUCCCUCGCUGCCGCCGCCACCACCGCCGGAGCGGAACCGAAAGCAAAGGCGGCUCCGGGUCCUCGGGGCCGCUCCCCCGGGCGGCGGAGCGGAGCGUCCCGCCAGGUUCAGGAACCUGAGUUUUGCACAGAAGACCGUAGGGAACCCAGAGCAAGGAAGAGAAAUCACUGGCAAUGACAGGCUGCAGGAGGAGGCAGUGAGCCCAGGGGGCUGAUCCUGCACCCCACACGUGGUCCCAGCACGGCCAGGAUGAGGCCGUUGGUCGCACCAUGCCAUCAUGCAUCCCCAGCAGCUCUCCCACCCUGCAGCCCCUCUGCUGUGACAGAGGCUGCGGCCACCGCGUGCCUGGGGCGCCUCGGAACCCCCCGGCGCUGAGCCCCCACAGUCUCGUCAUGGCCUCGCUCAUCGUGGUGACCGAGUAUGACACAACGGGGAGCGUGAGCGAGGAGGAGGAGAUGAACGUGUCCGGUAGCGAGGGCUUUGGGGACAGCCAGGAGCCCAGGGCGAAGCUGCACCUCUCCGGCCGAAAGCUGUCCCUGCAGGAGCGGUCGCAGCCGGCCCGCUCCCCCGGGAGCAGCGAUAGCACCAAUGAGCGCUUCAUCUACCCGUCCCUGCCGUACUCCCCAGUGACGUCCCCACACUCCUCCCCACGGCUGCCGCGGCGGCCAACAGUGGAAUCGAACCGCGUGUCCAUCACGGGGCUGCAGGACUGUGUGCAGCUCAACCAGUACAAGCUGAAGGAUGAGAUUGGGAAGGGCUCCUAUGGGGUGGUGAAGCUGGCCUACAAUGAGGAUGAUAACACCUACUAUGCAAUGAAGGUUCUCUCCAAAAAGAAGCUGAUGAGGCAAGCAGGCUUUCCCCGCCGCCCGCCGCCCCGCGGAGCCAAAGCUGCUUCCGAGGGCUGCCUGCAGCCCAAAGGGCCCAUUGAACAGGUCUACCAGGAGAUUGCCAUCCUGAAGAAGCUGGACCACCCCAACGUGGUGAAGCUGGUGGAGGUCUUGGAUGACCCCAGUGAGGACCACCUGUACAUGGUGUUUGAACUGGUGAAGCAAGGCCCCGUGAUGGAAAUCCCAACCCUGAAACCUCUCAGUGAGGACCAGGCUCGGUUCUACUUCCAGGAUCUGAUCAAGGGCAUUGAAUACUUGCACUAUCAAAAGAUAAUCCACCGGGAUAUCAAACCUUCCAACCUCCUCGUGGGGGAAGAUGGGCACAUCAAGAUUGCUGACUUCGGAGUCAGCAAUGAGUUCAAGGGAGCUGAUGCCCUCUUAACCAACACAGUGGGCACCCCUGCCUUCAUGGCCCCGGAGACGCUCUCGGAAACCAGGAAAAUCUUCUCUGGAAAGGCUUUGGAUGUCUGGGCCAUGGGGAUCACGCUGUACUGCUUCGUGUUUGGGCAGUGCCCUUUUAUGGAUGAAAGGAUCCUCAGUUUACACAAUAAAAUCAAGACCCAAACGUUGGAGUUCCCAGACCAGCCAGAAGUUACAGACUUCUUGAAGGAUUUGAUCACACGGAUGCUGGAUAAAAAUCCCGAAUCCAGGAUUUCGGUCCCAGAAAUCAAGGAAAGUACUGUGCAACAGCCUUUCGUAGGAGAUUUCUGGUCCUGUGCCCCUGCGAGAGCCUGGAAGGGGCGAGAAGCUGAGAAAAUGGAGACUAAGUUGCACCCUUGGGUCACCAAGAACGGAGCGGAGCUGCUGCCCACGGAGGAUGAGAACUGCACCCUCGUCGAGGUGACGGAGGAGGAGGUGGAGAAUUCGGUCAAGCACAUCCCCAGCCUGGCCACUGUGAUCUUGGUUAAAACGAUGAUCCGGAAGCGAUCCUUUGGGAACCCUUUUGAGGGGAGCAGGAGGGAGGAGCGGUCGUUGUCUGCCCCCGGGAACCUGCUGCCCAGGAAACAAGGCAGUGAAGAUAAUCUGAAAUGCAACGACUUGCCCAACGUGGGAGAGGAGGAACCUCUUUCGUGAGCAUCUACUUUAUGGUUCUGUUGAGCAGCUUGGUCCAGGGCACGUUACAAAGUGUGCAGCUGAGGAUGAGCGACAUCAACAGAGCCUGCACCGAACACAGCAUGACAUGGCGCUAUCUCAGUAUAAUGCUGGAUGUAGAGCUUCCAUAGCAGCAUGUUACCAGACAUCCGACUGCUUGUCGUGAACAUCGAGCAUCUCCGAUCGCUGGCACUGCUGACUUCCUACAGGAAAGGCGCUGGCUGGCAGCAGAGGUGAGCUUGUGUGGAGCAAAAAGAACCCAACAAAGCAGUCAAACAAACAUGCGUUUGGAACUGCUUUUAAUGCCAAAUAGUUUCCAGAGGCUGAUGCCAGCAUCCCAGGGGUGUUGUAGGCCCAUCGUGUAGGUGACAUACACAACAGUAAAACUACACUUUGAGGGUUCACAGCCUGCCAGAAAUGUUGUUGCAUCUAUUUCUCGUCAUUCUGGUUUGGUUUUAAUUGACAUCUUUUUAACUGCAUGGGAACAAAGCAAAAAGCCACCUUUCCAGCUUUCUAAAGAAUGCCUGCCUUUGUGAGCCAAGCUGUACUAAAGCAGCAUCUUCGGGACACUCAGAAAGUGAGGUUAAUUACCUCCCAGUGUAAUUAAUGCCAUUCCCAAGGUCUUGGUGUGAUUAGGACUUGGUAAGUUGACUAUUCAGUGUAUGAAAGGAAAAGGUAUUUAAGGGCUUAAGUUCAGUUUGAACUAUUUUUGCUGCAGACACAGGAGUAAAAGGUGGUGUUUAGCUGAAUGUUUGUUUUGAACAGUGGGAGAAGCACUAACAACUGUUUGUUUCUAAGUCUUUUACUUGAUCUAGGUAGAUAUAUUAUGAAAUAUAAAAUUCAGGGUAAAAUCCUUCAGUUCCAUGUACAUUACAUGGUUUACUACAAUUAAAAAUAAUACAAGUUAUGCUAUUUUUUAAGUAUAGAUUUAGGGCUUGUUAGAGUUUAAGAUCUUAAUGAAAUACUUAGAUUAGGUAGUAAUUUUCCAAACUCUUAAUCUGGAUUCUGGGGCCAAUGCUAUGUAUUUUUGCAAGUUCGUUACCAGUAAUUUGUGAAUGCCUGUGGAUCAGAGGCUUGUUAGUAAAUUAAGUGUAUACCUAAUUCAUGGAUUGUUUCUUAUGAAGAGCUCCUUCACCUUCAGUCAGAUUACUCUGAUUAUUUUGUGGUGCUUGUAAAAAAACUAAUCAUCUAUUGUGUGGUGGGAGAGAUUCUGAUGUCCAGAUUUGCUUGGGCAGAGCUGGAGAGUGGCAGAGUAUGGGUGAGCUGGAGAAGAAUCAGGGUUUGCUUGAGGAAAGGGGUCACGGUAAGUACAGCUGUUCUGUGGAUGGAGCAUAGGACUUGGGGGUAAGAUCUGACAAUGUCUGAUGUGGUUGUGUGACCUUGAAUGAGGUGUUUUAAGUGACGGUGUACCUGAAAGAGGGGGAGGAUUUGCAUGUCCCAAGCCUGUAAGGGACUGCUAAGGAGUAAUUCUUUGCCCUGAGGAAGAAGACACUAGGAGAGACACAAGUAUUUUGGUUAAUGGUAAGACCUCUGCCUGCUAACCCUGACCACACUUCAGGAAAUGACCAUCCCCUUGUCUUCCUUUACCUUGGGCAGCGUGCCAAGGUCCUUUUCCCCACUGCAGCUUCCUGGUUAAGACAGGUCUUUGUUAAAGCCAGGACAGCGUUAGCAAGUGCACGGGUGCCUACACAAACUGGCCCUUACAUCUUUUGAUCACUUGAAUUAAUGCUCCCCCUAAACCACAAUUUAUUACCAAAACACUUUGGGGCUGGUCUCUCUCCAAAGCCAGUGACAAUGGUUUGUGGUUUAGGAGCAGUACUAUGGAGUUUGGAGCCAUAAGACAUGCACUGUUUUCCUACCAUUUUUACUCAGAGGCUAUGCCAAAGCCCUGCAGCUUCAGCUAUGGCAAAACCAAACAGGUAACUUGGGUGCCAGCACUACUACAGUUGCCUGCUCCCCCCUUCCUAAACAGGAAUGUAUGUGAGGGGGCAUCCUCUAACCCUGCAAAUGGACUUGUUCUGCCAAAAAAAAAAAAAAGAAACAAUUAAAAAGAAUCAGGGAAUGUGAUUGUUUGUAGCUGGGGCAUAGUAACGUGUGUGGUGUGUUUCUGUUAAAGGCGAGUUGUAGAGAUGCUCUGUGCUGCGUAUCUCUGGUGUGUGAUUUGUCGGGUGCCUAGUGAGGCAGUUUACACUUACCAAACAGGCUUGUCAGGUGCAACGCAGCUUCCGAACAGAAGAAAUUGUACCAGUUCCUCGAUGCCCAGCCACAAAGCCACUGGGUCUCAAGCACUACCAUAGCUCAGUGUCUUACAGUGAGCAUGGGCUCGGUUCAGGAGGAUCCUCAAGCUCCAAAAGGAUUGUCUCUCAGUGCCAGCUCUGGGCGGGCUGCAGCCAAACGCACAUCUGUGAAACAAACUCGAUGUCAAUUGUUCUUGCUGAUGAGUUCUGUUGAAAGCAUAAAGCGUGGCUGUGUGAGGAAGGGCUGUCUAACUGCAUGACCUGUUAGAGAAGCUGUGCUGUAUAUAGCAACGUGCUCAGUUCCCCAGCGGCUGUUCCUUUGUAGUAGAGCUAGCUUCUUUCUUAUAGUGAAGUAAACAUUUUGCUUGUGCCUUGGAACUGGGCUCUAGCUUGAUUUCCCCAGCUCCCUUCCUCUUCAAGCAAGCCCAGUGCUGACUGUAGGCUUAAUGCUGGGUACUAAGCCAUUUUGGCUCUGAGCACACAGGAAAGUGCUAAGGGGAAACCAGGCCUCUUGUCUGAAUAGUUUUCCUUGGUGGUCCUCUCUUACCUAUCAGACAAUUGAUCCAUUUCUUUUCUAAGGUCCUGAACUAUUGCUGAUUUUUAUACUGUUUGUUUAAUGACCAAGGCUUGUGUUUCAUUCCUAUCCCUUUAUUAUGCAUUUAACUUUAUCAGGUGUAUCAAGUUUAAAUACUGUGUAUUUACCACUUUUAAAUUAUAUUACCUAAGAAGAAAGGAAAAAACAACCAACAACUAAGUGUUUUUCCACAGAGCUGUUCAAACUUCACUGUACAAGUUGAAAUAAAUGACAUGCAACCAAA